GAGGCAUCAGUGAAGCUCUGUGCUCCACUUACGGUAACUACGCUCUCCCUCUUCACCCUAACCCAUCUUCACGACCCGCUGAGUUCCUCUUGCUUGAGCUGAAGCAAAGACCUGCUGCUGGAAAGAGGGGUUCAAGUUUGCGCAAAAGGGAACCAGAAGUUCUAUAUGGAGAAGCAUGAAGACAUGAGUUUCCUGAAGUGAAACUGACCAGUCAGUGGCUUCUCUAAACAUCCAGCUCUCCUCUUUUUGGAUGGAUCAGGCUGUAUGCCACGAAAUGCAUGCUCACAUUCAGAGGAAUGCUGAUUCUGAUCUUUGCAACUUAAAAGAUUUCUAUGGAAGUGCAAAUAUGAUAGAAGAAUAAUACACCCUUGACUUGAAUCAAGUCAGGACACCUCCCCUACUUGCAGGCACAGGGAGUUGUGAUGAUUUUUAGAGAGCAAGCAGGAGUACUGUCCUCACUCCUCGCCUGUGAUGAUGAUGGAUUUACCCAGCCAGCACUUGCCUGUGGAGGUCAGCUGAAGACGACGCCACACAGCUAAGUCUGGAUUAGCCGGCCGAACGAGUUUCAAUGCUCCUCCACGUUCUAAGAUGAAGUUAUGGAAAGGUGCUACUUUUGCCUUCAUGCUCUGUGCUGCAGCCCUGUCCACCAUCCUCAUUAGAAACAUGGCCACGAUCAGACAGUUCAAGCUUAACGCAAAACAUCUGUCGUCACCCUCUUCAUCAUUAGAAUCGGCAUCCAAGACCUCACCGCCUUCAUCGUCAUCCUCUGCAGAAUCAAGAGCAUCGCCCCAACAGACCGGCGGUCUGCAUCGGAGGAUACGCUCAACAGACGACAUGAAAUCUUUCCUCUCAGAGUUUACCGUGAUGCUGCAGAGCUUCACCGAAGGCGAGCUUCAGCAUGUGGUCGGAACCUUGCUAGAAAGGAAGCGAAGGAAGAGCCGGCGGCUCAGUGAGAACCAGGCCCGCAGGACUAAAAGGGCUCGGCGGCAGAAGUCCUGCUCCGUCAGGGAGCUUGAGGUGAAAGUGAAUGAACUGGGUCUCCAAUAUAAUAGCGAAGAGACAGUGCUGCUGCGCUACUGCAGUGGCAAAUGCAGUGACCGUCGGCACAACUAUGACUUAGUCAUGAAGCACAUGGUGACGGAGGGCUUCAGAAAGAAGGGCCGCAAGGACAAAGUUCGUAUUAAUAGCUGCUGCCGACCAACUGCAUUUGAGCACUUUACCGUCCUGGACACAACAGUAAACCCCAGUCGCUAUCUGCAGAUACAGAACGUAUCUGCAAAGAAUUGUGGGUGUGUAUGACCCAGAGGGAUGGACUUUGUUAUGCUGCUCUCAGUCUCUGAUGGAAGACUCAUGGAUGCUGUUUAAAGACAAUCUGUGGAGUAUGAACUCAAUAAGAAGAAAAAAUGAUGUGAAUAUAUUGAUGCUGCACGGAAGCAGCCUUUUUUUUUUUUUUUUUUUGGAAAGAUAAACUCUGUCUUCACAAGCUGGGACUGAUUUGCGUGGACAGCACAACUUGGCAUGUAAAAAGGCAGAAAAUGACUGCUUAAACCAAAAGUUUUUAUCUUUUCUAUCUGUGUAGUAACACUGUAACCUGUGGUGUAACAACAGUGUAGCAAGGUUUUGUUUGUGGUGUCAUAUUUCAGUAGUAGUGAAUGAGAAAAAUUCAUGAUUAUGAGCUGUGGAUGACUAGAUCAGUGCUGCUACUGGGCUUCAUUCCUGUGGGUGUUCACUUAAUGACCUUUCAGGCAGAAAUUUCAAAACAUAAAUAAAAUGCAUAACAUGCAACAAUGUUUAGUUAUAAUUCUGCACAGGACAGUUCAGCUUAUUGGCCUGAUUAUAAUCUGAUAAUAAUAAUCUUGUGAUCAGCUGGCUUAAAGAUGUGUUGUUAUCAAAGGCCACGACUUUGUGACUUUGGUUCCCUUCUUGUAUUGUUACUAUUUGCAGUGUUAUUACACAGGUAAAAGAAAAAGUGUUACUGAUGAGAAUUUUACAAUGAAAGAAAAUAAUUUUCUAUAGCUCCAGAUUUCAUACCCAUCUUAAAUAAUAGCGAUAUAUGUUGAUUUUGUGUAGAUUAACAAUGAGGACCUGCAUCCAAACCCCAGAACACAAUCUCACUUUAGCAACGGAACAAUUCAAAUAUUUAACCCAUCUGCUCUCUUUUUUUUUUUUUUCUACUUUAUCCAAAUAACCCACUCUAAAAUAUGUAAUUACCCAUAAUUUUCAGGAAUUAUUUUCUAUAAAUAAUUGCUGUAACACAUCAAGUCAAACCAACACACAUGAGGGAUCCACAAAGUUAGAUUUAUAAACAUUGCACAGCUCGGGUUGCCGGUGAUAUAACCUGUUUAAUUCUUUUCUCUGGGUGUAAUUUUUGAAUGUUUACACUUACACAGACAUUAGCUAAUUGGAGAAGCAGGUGUAAAAGAGAAGAAUGGUUUUAGUGAAGAGCAGUGGCAUGUUAUUUUUUUUUUGUUUUGUUUUGGGAUGUCAUGUUUUUUUAUGGAUGUUUGUUUGCACCCAUCCAUAAAACCAUGUAACCUUUUCUAAUCCAAAACCCACAGUAACAGCCUUCUACCGGCCCUGCAAAUGCCUCCUUUGUUGUAUUGCCUGGUUGACUUUUAGGGGAGAAAAAGUUGAAAUGAAUCAUUAAGCAUCUUUUUCACCUUCACCAAGCUUUAUUUGGUUUGAACCCAUAGCAACUGCCUGAAGUAAAACAAAAUAUGUCUGUCUGUCUUUUUUCUUUCACCUGUUUUGUUGUUUCUGGGGAGGUGAAAUGGAGAUGCGGUGCAUCUUUAUUGUUGUUCUUAUUGUAUUUAUUUGGGAAAUAAAUUAUGGUUUUGCAUAUUUAUUUAGAUUACCACACAGAAAUGGGACAGCUUAUCGUUAUUAAGCAACUGUGCCAAAAAUGUUUUAUCUAACAAUCUAUACUGCUGAAUAAACAUAAAUUCAGACGUAUGGAUGUUCAUCGUUUCUCCCAAGUCAUUGAUUUUGGGGGUGUCAAAUAUUCUGUACUAAGACUGUAUUUAAAAUAGAAAAUAAAUAAUA